AUGCCUUGCGAGAAUAGUUCCAAGAUCAUCUUUGUCACUGGAGGAACCGGUUUCAUCGGCUUUCAGGUCCUGGUUCAGCUUUUGGAUUUAGGGUAUUCUGUUCGAGCCUCCGCUCGAGGAAAGAAAGUUGAUCUCUUGAGCAACGCGUUAUCCAACUACAAGAAUUUGGAAGUCGUUGGCAUUUCGGAUAUCUUCAAUGAUGAUCUCAGCAAUGUUCUCAAAGGUCUGUGUGUACGGGAUCAUACACAUUGCUGCACCUUACCUGGUGCUGAAUCAGAGAGGACUAUCAGGGACGCUACCGAGGGCUGCCUUCACAUUUUGAACGCCGCGGUCAAGGCAGGUGUGGAACGAAUUGUUGCCACAAGCUCUGCCGCGACUUUCCCUGCGGGAGGGCCUUAUGGACCUGACGAUUGGUUUCCAGUAACACGUGAAGAUGCAAAGCACACGAACAACGGACUGAUCUAUCUGCUUGCCAAAAAGCUUGCCGACCAAGUAUUUAUGAAAUUCGGUGAAUCACAUCCUGAGCUCAAUAUCUCACUCCUCGGACCAGGCCUCACGUUUGGACCUUUCCCGCCAGGCUUUGAGCAAUUGUUGCCCGAACCCAACUACAAAUCCCUUUCGUCCAACGCUUACCUUUACGCGCUUCUUCGGCCCGACAACGUCCACUUUCCAGUUUAUCUCCAAAAUGGUGCCAUUGAUGUUCGUGAUGUGGCCCGCGCGCAUUUGCUCGCGCUUGAAUCGCCACCGGCCCGCCGAAAGAGGUUUGCCAUCGUCUCUCCUCACCAGUCCUCGUACAAGACUGCCCUUGAAAUCCUUGCUCGGGAAAGACCAGCCUUGAAAUACCGUCUUGCUGAUCAGCGAAGGCUCCAGGCGAAAAUCGAAAAAUCCAUCGGGCUUAAGACAGAUUCUUACAUUCCCUGGGCACAGACAGUCCUCGAAACCGUGGACAGUCUUCUUGCGAUUGAGAACCACUGGAAAGCGAAGGGAUUCCAUGUGGAAGUCCCGAGUAACCCCACCCUUCCCAUUCACUGUAUCAAAGUUGUAGCUGGUAUAGCCUUCUACUGCGACCUCUUCUACGAUCCUCUCCAUCUCGCGCUGCGAAUCUUCCAAUAA